AGGAGCCCAGCGGGCCAGGCGGCGGGACCUCUCCGACGUCUGUGGGACUGAAUCCGGCGCAGCAACCUCGGUGCAGGCAGGCGGCGCGGCCGCAGGUCCUGGCCACAUCACAGAGGCGCGAACCGGGGCGGGGGUCCGUGACAGGCAGCUGUCCGUACUGGCGAGAUGGGGAACCGGGAGAUGGAGGAGCUGAUCCCCCUGGUGAACCGUCUGCAGGACGCCUUCUCGGCGCUGGGGCAGAGCUGCCUGCUGGAGCUGCCGCAGAUUGCCGUGGUGGGCGGCCAGAGCGCCGGCAAGAGCUCCGUACUCGAGAACUUCGUGGGCAGGGACUUCCUUCCUCGAGGGUCUGGCAUUGUAACAAGAAGGCCUCUCGUGCUGCAGCUUGUGACUUCUAAAGCAGAAUAUGCUGAAUUUCUACAUUGCAAAGGAAAGAAAUUCACGGAUUUUGAUGAAGUUCGCCAUGAGAUAGAAGCCGAGACAGAUCGAGUGACUGGAAUGAAUAAAGGAAUUUCUUCUAUACCCAUUAAUUUACGAGUCUAUUCCCCACAUGUGCUGAAUCUAACUCUUAUCGACCUACCUGGGAUAACUAAAGUACCUGUGGGAGACCAACCACCGGAUAUUGAGUAUCAGAUCAGAGAAAUGAUUAUGCAGUUCAUCACGAGGGAGAACUGCCUGAUUCUGGCUGUCACUCCAGCCAACACCGAUCUCGCCAACUCGGAUGCACUGAAGCUGGCUAAGGAAGUGGAUCCUCAAGGUCUGAGAACCAUUGGAGUCAUCACCAAACUGGAUCUUAUGGAUGAAGGAACGGAUGCCAGGGAUGUCCUAGAGAACAAGCUGCUGCCUCUUCGCCGGGGUUACGUGGGGGUGGUAAACAGAAGCCAGAAGGACAUCGAUGGGAAGAAGGACAUCAAAGCAGCCAUAGUGGCGGAAAGGAAGUUUUUUCUUUCUCAUCCGGCUUACAGACACAUUGCUGACCGCAUGGGGACCCCCCACCUUCAGAAGGUCCUGAACCAGCAACUUACCAACCACAUUCGAGAUACACUGCCAAACUUCAGGAACAAACUCCAGGGACAGCUGCUGUCCAUUGAACAUGAAGUAGAAGCCUAUAAAAACUUCAAACCAGAAGACCCUACCAGGAAGACCAAAGCUCUGCUGCAGAUGGUUCAGCAGUUUGCUGUGGACUUUGAGAAGAGAAUUGAAGGGUCCGGAGAUCAAGUUGAUACCCUGGAGCUCUCAGGAGGUGCUAAAAUCAAUCGUAUUUUCCAUGAACGCUUUCCCUUUGAGAUAGUAAAGAUGGAGUUCAAUGAGAAAGAACUGCGAAGAGAAAUAAGCUAUGCGAUCAAAAACAUACAUGGUAUCAGGACAGGGUUGUUUACUCCAGACAUGGCAUUUGAAGCAAUAGUCAAAAAACAGAUUGUAAAGCUGAAAGGGCCUUCCUUGAAGAGUGUCGACCUGGUAAUGCAGGAGUUAAUCAACACUGUCAAGAAGUGUACCAAAAAACUGGCAAACUUCCCCAGACUUUGUGAGGAAACAGAAAGAAUUGUUGCUAACCAUAUUCGUGAUCGUGAAGGGAAGACAAAAGACCAGGUGCUGCUAUUGAUUGACAUUCAAGUCUCCUACAUCAAUACCAACCAUGAAGAUUUCAUUGGCUUUGCAAAUGCUCAGCAGAGGAGCAGUCAGGUUCACAAGAAAACCACAAUUGGAAAUCAGGGAACCAAUCUUCCGCCUUCAAGGCAAAUUGUCAUUCGUAAGGGCUGGCUGACCAUCAGCAACAUUGGCAUCAUGAAAGGAGGCUCCAAGGGAUAUUGGUUUGUCCUCACUGCAGAAAGCUUGUCCUGGUAUAAAGAUGACGAGGAAAAGGAAAAAAAGUACAUGCUUCCUUUGGACAACCUGAAAGUUCGGGAUGUGGAAAAGAGUUUUAUGUCUAGCAAACACAUCUUUGCACUCUUUAAUACAGAGCAAAGGAAUGUAUACAAAGACUAUCGUUUCCUUGAGCUGGCGUGCGAUUCCCAGGAGGACGUGGACAGCUGGAAGGCAUCUCUACUGAGAGCAGGGGUCUAUCCCGAUAAAUCUCUAACUGAAAACGACGAGAAUGGCCAAGCAGAAAACUUCUCCAUGGAUCCACAAUUGGAGAGACAAGUAGAGACCAUUCGUAACCUUGUAGACUCCUACAUGUCUAUUAUCAACAAAUGCAUUCGAGAUCUAAUCCCAAAAACCAUAAUGCACCUUAUGAUCAAUAAUGUAAAAGACUUCAUAAACUCAGAGCUCCUAGCACAGUUAUAUUCUUCAGAGGACCAAAAUACUCUGAUGGAGGAAUCUGCUGAGCAGGCUCAGCGCCGGGAUGAGAUGCUCCGAAUGUACCAGGCAUUGAAAGAAGCCCUGAUGAUCAUCGGUGACAUCAACACAGCCACGGUAUCUACCCCAGCUCCCCCUCCAGUGGAUGACUCCUGGAUCCAGCAUUCACGCAGGUCACCUCCUCCAAGCCCCACAACCCAAAGGAAGCCGACUCUAAGUGUAUCCCUCACGAGGCCCACAUCUGGCCGGGGACCAGCUCCUGCCAUUCCCUCUCCAGGCCCCCACUCCGGAGCUCCCCCAGUCCCCUUCCGUCCAGGUCCCUUACCUCCUUUUCCUAACAGCAGCGACUCAUUCGGAGCCCCUCCUCAAGUUCCAUCCAGGCCCACGAGGGCUCCACCCAGUGUUCCAAGACCUCAUUGCUCCACUCACUGAAGUGUCACCAGACUGAGGUGAAAUGAGCAUGUUGGUGGACACCUGGAUGAGUAGCCACAGUGAAGUCCCACAGAGAGUAGGGUAUGAGACCACCUCCCAGUUCUCUGGCUUGCUGUCACGUUGAGCUCAUUACUGAUUCCAUUAGAAGGAGAAAAUGAAAGCACAGCCUUUCUGCUGGAAACCAAUGGGACACAUUUUGCGUGGCCUGCUCUUUGCCUGCUUGCUACAUCUGACUUCACAAACCAUGGACCUGACCAAAAAGUAGCCACACUAGGAAUAUGAACAAGUUUAAAAAAAAAAAAAAAAGAUCCAGCAAAUCAGCUUUUAUUUGUCCUGGACCCACUUCAGAAUAUAUUGGAAUUUCAGCUGAAACUAGUUCUCAAACAGGGCAGAAACCCUACAAAAUCCUGAGGUUAUCAAAGCUGUGCCUCUGCCUCCUAGUUUCCCUAGGCUUGAUUUCAUGUUAGCACACAUCAGGGCUCUUGAUCUGCAGCACAUCUUUAUUUACAAAUCUUUUUCUGUAAAAUUUCCAUGAUUACAUUUCCCUCUUGAUCUCUUGACAGCUUCAAAUUCCCCACACUUAAAUAAAAAACGUUCAUACUUCUAGAUCAAUAACUUCUCCCUCUGUAGAAAUCACACACCAUUUAUUUCAGUCUUUGGAAAAAAAAACGAGUGUCACAAAACCAGGGCUAGGAGUCAAAUAUGCUAGUUUAUAAAGAUAUUCGGGCCUGAGUACUAGUCAUAGUUCUCUUCUAUAUGAUUGCAAGGAUUUAUCAUUCCAUGGGACGACAUAGUAAGACGGCUCAGUAUGCACAAAUGGCUCAUGUCUAGCACGCUGCUAGUGACCAUGCAAUAUCCUGGGAACUACUAACUUUGCUAUAUGAUAGUGCCCCUUCAUUCUUCCUGCAUGCCUGCCUGCUUCUUUUCUCUGAUUUGAAUUGAUCUUUUGUGGGAUAUUUUUUUGCAUGCUUUCAUUUGUAUUUGUUUUAUAACUUAAACAUUGUUUGCUUCCUCCGAAUCUGUUUUUUUCUUUUUGUUAUUUUCUUUUGUUUUGUUUUUACUAGGCGACCCCCUCCUGCAGUUCCAGGAAGACCAUCCUAACCCCCAUCAUUCACCUCCUUUUCUUCCCAACAACAUUGUCUCUCCAUGAUAUUUAAAAGCCUUUUGUUUGCACAAUAUGUCAUAUGUAUAUAAAAACUUUUAUUUUUGAUCCAUGUCUAUAAUAAAAAAUAAAGUUUAUUCUAUAU